ACAAGAUGAGCCUUUAUAGGAGGAGGCUAUGGCCUCCACUAGAAGAGACAUUGUUGGCCAUAGGAUGAAAGAGGAUGGGGAGGGGGAGAGAGGAGAAAGAGAAGAGGAUAGAGAUGGAGGAGGAGAGGAGAGAGAUGGAGGAGGAGAGGAGGGAGAAAGUGAGAAUGUAAGGCCUCGACAGGUAAUGCUGGUUGCGGACCCCACGAGGGAAUCGGCUGGUGCCCUCGAUUGGACCAUGUCUCAUGCCCUCCUCAAGCAUGACCGACUCCUCCUCCUCCAUGUCGUGCCCCCGAGCCCCUCGUGGCUCCAGGCCUUCACUUCGACAUUUGUGAGAAAUGCACCACCCGCCGCCCCGGAGUUCUUGGUGGCGAUGAGGGCAGCAUGCGAAGCCAAGCACACGAAGAAUUUGGUCGAGGCUGAGGUGGUGGAGAUGCGAGGCAAGGACAAGGCCGCGACCGUGCUGGCGGAGACCAACGAGAGGUCAAUCGACCUCCUUGUCGUGGGGCAGAAACGUAAUUUCUCACAGAGCUUGCUUGGAUGUCGGUUAAGUAAUGGCCUCCCCAACAGGGGAAUGGAUACAGCUGAGUACUGCAUUGAGAAUAGCAAAUGCCUCUGUGUUGGGGUCCAAAAGAAGGGCCAAAAUGCAGGCUAUCUCCUCAGCACCAAGAACCACAAGAACUUUUGGCUUCUUGCCUAGCUAAAACCUCUCUCUCUCUCUCUCUCUCUUUUUAAAUCCUCAAGAACUUUUGGCUUUCAUGUAGCACUUGAUCUCUCUCCGUCACUCAAGAAUAUUCUUGUAAGCCAUGUUUGUACUUCGUAUCAAUGCUAGACACGGUCACUCUAUGGGAACAUAGAUUAACAUUGA